GAAGGAGCGGGCCGGCCCAGGUGUCUGUGGUGCCCCGCUGCGUCCCUCGGGCAGCCCCGGUGCCUGUCCCGGUUCUCCCGGUGCCGGGAUGGAGCUGGCGGGCGGCAGCACCAUCUCGCUCUGGACCGUGGUGGCGGCCGUGCAGGCGCUGGAGCGCAGCGUGGCCGCACACGCGUCUCGCCUCUUCAGCCUGGAACACCGGGCCGGCAACAGCGAGAAAAAACACCUGGACUGCGAGAAAAUGGUCGGGGAGUUCGGGAACCAGCUGGAGAGCAAGUGCGCGGCGCUGGGCACCCUCAUCCAGGAGUACGGGCGGCUCCAGCGGCGCCUGGAGAACAUGGAGAACCUCCUGAAGAACAGGAAUCUCUGGAUCCUGCGGCUGCCCCCCGGCGUGGAGGUCCCCAAGGCCCCGACUGCGGCGUUGGAAAACGAUGCCACUGGCUUUUCCUCUCAGGAGUGGGAGAACCUGGAGGAGUGGCAGAGGGAGCUGUAUGGAAAGGUGCUGACAGGGAAAAGAGAAGCCCCGGUCCUGCUGGACGAUGUCAUCUCCGAACCUGCCCUCCUGUCCCGGCUCCAGGGAGGAGAAGCACCCUGCAGUGAGGAGGAGGCGGCUCCCAGAGAGAUCCCAGCAGAACCAGAGGCUCUGCUGUUUGAACUCAACGUGAGCAGCUGGGACAGCAGAGAAGCGCAGGAAAACCAGGAGGGAAGAGCAGGCCUGGCUGAACCUGGCCAUGCAGACUGCAGCAUUCCAGAGCCCAGCUUUGCUGUCACUGUGAAGCAGGAAGAGGAGGAAGAGCCGUAUGCAAAGGAAAAGGCCACCAUGGAGGGCGUGGAGUUUUCUGAGCUUGCUGUGGGGCCGGACGCCGCCGGACACAACACCCAGGCCCCGGCGGAGGGCGGGAACCGGCCGAGUGCCCAGAGCUGCGAGGACCGGGAUGUGAGAGGGAAUCCUGAGGAGACCGGCACCGAAGACAGCAUAAUCCAGAUUAAGCAAGAGGAAGAGUUGCGCACUGCAGAUCAGGAGGAGGAGGCUGCAGAAGCUCCAGGAGAGCCCUGCCCGGAGAGAGGAUUUUACGAGCCUGAGGUAUCCAGUCAGACCAGGAAAGGAAGCGAGGUGGAUGCCAGGGAGCUGCCAGGCACAGAGGGUGAGGACCUCCCGAGAGAUCCUGACACAGGAUUUCAGACUUAUGCAACGGAUAUUUCAUCCUGGAUUAAACAAGAGGAGGAGCCACCCUGCUCUGAGCAACAGCACUUGGAGAAAGAGGAAAUCUCUGCAGAUCCAAGUACAGAUGAAAAUUUGAGAAGAGACCAUCCAGCAGAUUGCUUAGAGAGCAAGACCUGUGACUUAGAGGUACCAGGAAGGCCGGGAGAGGGGUUUCCCAGAGAUCCCAGCCAUGGAGUGACAUGGGACAGCCAGUGGAAUUCAGAAAUGAUGGGAGCAGCCACCACAGGGAAUGGGAACAGCCUUGGAGGUGAUGCUCAGUACGAUUUCUUUCGUGCUCAGGGAAAGAGCCUGGAAAAGCAGCCCUGUGUGUACAAGUGUGAGAGAAACUGCCCACAGCAGGAGCAGCCUCAGGCUCCACAGGGAGAAGGGGAGAUGUUUCCAGGCCCCAGGUGUGAGAGGAUGUUCCCUCUGCUGCACCCACACCCGGGAGAGACAGGAAUGGGCCUGGGAGAGACGGGAAUGGGCCUGGGAGCUGCUCCCACCUCCUUCGAGGGGCCAGGCUUUGAGUGUGGAGAGAAUCCCUUGGGCACAGGCAGGCAGGACAGCCUGAGCACAGAGGAACCUGCUGAGAACGAGGAGAGCUUCCCCACGGACACAUCGGGAUCCAGCCCCUGCUGGGAGCCGCCCCUGGCCCGGGGCAGCCCUGCCCAGCAGCAGAGCCAGGGCCGGGGUAAAUCCUACAUUUGCAGCGACUGUGGGAAAAACUUUGUUUGCCAUUCGUGGCUCGUUAGGCACCAGACAAGUCACACAGGAGAGAGGCCCUACAAGUGCUCCAAGUGUGACAAAACCUACAGGAGGAAGGAUUACCUCCUGAACCACCAGCGCAGGCACACGGGAGAGAGGCUUUUCCAGUGUUCUCUCUGCAGCAAAAGAUUUGUGCUCAAGAGGAGCCUGCUGAAGCAUCAGGAAGGUCACAUGCAGGACACCCACGUGUCGCUGGUCAGCUGGUCCUGCAGGAACUCUGUGAUGCAUUCCAUAUAGGACAUCCCCCACAGCCCCCUUGCUGUCCCCUCGCUGGGCCAGGGUGGCACCCCCAGCUCUGUGCCAGACCCUGCUGGCAGGAGGAGGCUGUGGUGCAGCCAUCCCAGGAAAAAGGAGGUGGCUGGGGGUUAUUUUCCGUGUUAGACAGCAUUCACCAGUGCCUGUGGAUUUGGGGAGGUGAAGUCUGGAGGUGCUGCUGGCUGUGAGUCCAUGUGGGAAGAGAAACCGCGUUGACAUUGAACAAUUUGUGGCGUGUGUUACAAAGAAGAGUUGUCUGAACAGGGAGAAUUAUCCAAAAUGUUAUCCCAGGAGUCUGGAGUCCUUGGACUGGGCUGGGAACAAGUGAAUUAAAGGUAUUAAUUGUCCACUAAAGGAGUGAGAGGUGUCAGGAAGCGCCCACUUGGGUGAGAUGCUUUGGGAAAGGAAGUGCUGCCCCUGUGGGUGGAGGAGGAAGGCUCUUUCUUCUGUGGCAAACAGAAAGAAGGCUGCAGAGCCUGAGAAUCAGCUUAUUCCCACUGGUAAAUCCUGGAGCUCCUCGCUGCUGAACCCCAAGGGAGAAUUCCUGGAGGGUGAGAGCCUUCCUGGGAGUUGUAAAAUGCCCGGGUGAGCCUGGAAUAUGGUUUAAAUUUUGCAUAGCCUUAAAGCUGUGUUGCAUUUCUUUUCCCACAUUGUUCAUGAUCUUCUGUGUUUGUUCAAUUUUCCAAAUGCUGGGAAAGCAAAACAUGGAGAUGCUGCAGAAACCUGGCAAACACAGAGUUAACGAGCUGCUGGGUCCCAAACACUGAUAACAGGAUCAUGGAGAGGAGGUCAUGUGGAGGUAGAGUAGCUCUCCAGCCUCCUCCCUGAGCUCUGUGUGUCCCACUCCCAAGGGGAAAGAAGGUUUGUAGAUGCCCGUGGUCAAAAUGGUGUCAGAAGAACCCAAAAAAGCUCGCCAAGUUUUAAUACCAAAUUCCACUCUCAGCAUGGGAAUUGGUAUUUUUGCCCUUAUUUAAAAGAAAAGAGGGAGAAGAGAGGGAGAUCAGAGGGACAAAGAGGAGGACAUCACCAGUCCUGACAGGUCCAGGAUCCCAGAAGUGCCCCUGUGAGCCUUGGAUCACCCUUUUAUAGCCACAUUUUCCACACCCUGGAGCUACUUCUUUUCACUUUUGAUGCAAACAAGUCAGCAGACACAGUCCAUCCCUCUGGAUCAUUUUAGAAAUGGAUCAGGGGUUCUCUGGUGGUUUUGAUUCCCCCAAGAUUGAUCACCUUUGUUGGACACUCCAUGCUCUGUGCUGUGCAUGCUGUGCUUACCCCAAGAGCCAGAACCAAAGGUGUUUGUCCCAAAAAAGAGCUGUCCCAGCUUGGGACUCUAUUUGCUUUAGCAGAAUGCAGGGAAAGAGAAUUAUUUGAGAAUUUAGACAGGAAAAAGCUUGGUAGAGACAAACAAGACCCGAGAGAGAAAAUGAAAGUGAGGAAAAGAGGUGAAUUAUUGCUGUCAGUGACAACUGAGCAGCUGCAGCAAGAGUUAAGGAAGAAAAGGAGGAAGACAAGCCCAAAACUGGAAAAAUCAAAGGGACUGAAAAUAUCAGAGGGUCCCUCUCUGCAGCCUCAAGCUUGUCCCUUGUUAGCCAGGUUUGGGACACAGCAGCACUUUAACUCCUUGAUGCCCGGGGUGCUGCACCCACAGCUCUUACUGGGGCCAACUCAGCUGCAACUCCAGAUGUUCCCUUUCCUGCCAGGAAUUUGCCAUUGUGGUACUUUAAUUUGAAAUCAAGGAGUGCAGGUGCUGCAUGGAGUCCCUGCGCUGAAGCCUCUGGAAUUCUUUUGGGGUUAAGGUUGGCAGAUUCCUGCUUCUCACCCAGGAGCCAUAAAUUAAUCUGAGCAGUUUGGCACAGGAGCAUUUGCUCCAGGGAUUUUAACUCUUUGUCCUCCGGGUUCUACACCAGCAUCCUGCUAUGUUAAUACUGGAUAUUGUGCUCCCGUGUCUAUUAAAAUUUUUUAUUAAUAAAGUUUAUAAAUUUAUAUUUUUUUAAAAUUAAUUGAUAAGAACCAACUGGAAUGUGAAUGUCCAGGCCAUUAUUCCUGCUGCAUGGGUAAGAUUCCAUUUGCUGGAUGUGUGGCUGUUAAGGAAAUUUCCAGGAGCCGCUGUGGAAUCAGAGCUGAGCAUCACCUGAGCUGGGACCGGCUCCUGAUCCCACGGUUUCACACUCACACAGGUUUCCUCACAAACUCCAUCCCAGAUUUCCCCUAGCAGAACCUCGGGCAGCUGGAUCUUUACAAUUUCAUCUUGGUACAACGACAAGGGUAACAGCUCAAGGUGGUGCCUCCAGAGGGGGAUCCCAAACAAAGGAAUUCCACCCCCUCCCCCGACUUUUCUCCCCUCUCAGUCUUGGAGGGAUGAUCGGCUCCUGCUGUGUUCCUCACUGCGCCUUUUGUUAUGGAAAAUCGGGCAGUUCCCGGCCUCGGGCUCCGGAUUGUCCCCUGUCCCCAGGAUGCUCCUGCAAAUCCACCCGGGAUCAGAUGGAACAGGAUCAUUUGCCAAGAGCCAUGGUCCGCUCCACCCCCGAGCUCCAGGAGAUUCUGCGGGUGUUGGAGGAGGUAAGGAACGACCUUUCCCUGCUUCUCACCACCACCCCGAGUUUCCAUCCCGUUCUAAUCUGUGCCGUUGUGGCAGCCAGGGCUCCGAGGAGUUAAGGCGCUGCUGCUGCGUCCCAAACACCGAUAAGGAGCGGGAUAAAACAGGAUGUGGCUGGAGAAGGGGGACACGGCAGAUUCCAGCUCCUCCUAAGGACCCGGAGCCACAGCAAACUCAGGAGAUGGACAGCGGAGAGAUCUGCAGAGCAUCGAGAUCACCACAAUCCCCUCAAAGCCCUCCGACCCAAUUCCAGAAAGGUCCAGCAGCAGGAUUGCGCACACUCCAUCAUUUAGGUGGGAGGUGGGAAACCUGAUCCCACCGGGGCGGGGAAAACUUUACCCAUAAGAAGGUGCCCCCAUCAGCAUCCUCGGGACCCUGCACACCCUGGAUACCCCGGAUCGGCGCUGGAGCCAGGGCUGAUUGUUGAUUUGAGGCGGCUGAGACAGAACUGGCUCCUCUCUGUGGGAAAUUCAGUCCCGUGUUUCACUCAGCCACCUCGGCUCCUCCUCUUUGCCAAAACCAUGGGGGUUUUGGAGAAAUUUAGACCCGUUUGGGACUGUGUUUGAUUAGGAAUUCCCUAAACUUUCUCCCUGGUGUGUUUUUUGGGGGUUUUUCCCCCGUUCCUGGUGCGUGACAAUGGUUUGUUGCGCGGCCCUGAACUGCCGGAAUGCCACGAGCGGGACCUACAAGAACAGCUCGGUCAGUUUUUAUCGAUUCCCCCUCCAAAACAAACCCCUCCUGAGACAGUGGAUCCAAAACAUGGGCAGGGACAUGGAGACCCCCUCCAAAUACCAGUGCCUGUGCUCGGAGCAUUUCCAGGAGAGCUCCUUCAAGACGGAUCCUCUGAAAAUCUGCAAGAAACGGCGCCUGCUGAAGGAAGCUGUUCCCAACAAAUUCAUCCUGGGGGAAGAUGGGACCUGGCUCGUGGGGACCCCACAGGGUUUUGGUGACGUGAUGAUGAGCAGCAAAACCCGAAAACGGAUCCGGAAUUCCGAGCCCUGUAGGGUCCCUGGGAUGUUUCCUCAGUGGCCACGUCUGCAGGAUUGGCAGAAUGAAUUUUAUAAGCUACUGCUGAAGGAGAAGUAUGGAUCUUUGAUCACACUGGGAAAAGGCCACAGUGAUGCCACAAUCCAGGCUGCAGGAGGCACACAACUGCACGGAUCAUCCUCGGGAGCAUCCCGAGCCCCUCACCAGGCAGAAACAUCGGGGAGCCACCACAAUCCAGCCAGAAAUCCCCUGGGAACCGGGAGUGGGAGCAGCAUCCUGGCAGGGCAGGAGCUGGAUGAGUUCAGGAGGUUCCUGCAGUACCACCAGGGCCGGCCCGAGGAGGAGGUGGCGGUGCCGUGGUUUAUCUGCGCCGAGUGCGGGAGGAGCUUUGCCCGCCACGCGUACCUGCUGCGCCACCAGCGCACCCACGCCCCUCCGAGGGAAAACCCACCCUCCACACCCACCUCGGGAUGUGUUCCCACAUCAUCCACGUGCCACAAACCUGCCUGGGGUAAAGCUUUGCACUCAGCUGCCAAAAAUCCUGCUCUGCCCACAGGUGGGGGUUUAUAGUCCUGCGUGCAUUCGGGUGGAGUUUGGAAAUAAGGCGGUUUUUGUGAUUCGA